AUGGCAGCCGAGAAGCGCACCAUUGGCAUGGGCAUGGACUACUCGCCGUCCAGCAAGACCGCCGCGAGGUGGGCCGUCGACAACCUGCUCAAGGCCGGCGACAGGAUCAUCCUCGUCCAUGUCCUCCCCAAGGGGGCGGACGCCAGCCACAAGGAGCUCUGGAAGAGCACCGGCCCGCCUUUGAUUCCUCUACCGGAGUUCAUGGAGAUGAACGUGCAAGCAAGGUAUGGAUUGAACCCUGAUAAAGAGAUACUGGAGAUCCUGCUAGCUGCAUCCAAGUCCAAGCAGGUGGAAGUACUAGCAAAGAUUUACUGGGGUGAUGCAAGGGAGAAACUCUGUGAGGCGGUAGAUGAUCUCAAGGUGGACUCCUUUGUGCUUGGUUGCAGAGGCUUAGGGCCACUGAAAAGGGCUCUCCUUGGAAGUGUCAGCAACUAUGUAGUCAACAAUGCAACAUGCCCGGUUACAGUGGUGCAUGGACCAAUUGGAUCGAGUGCCUGA